CUGUCAUCCACCCAUCUGCAUACUUGGACUCUGGGGUCAAAACGCACGCACCACACCGCGACUCUUCCUCUCCCUGCCACCGAUAACAACUUGAACCUAUAACCCAACGACGACGCAUCGAAUACCCUGCCUCACCAUAGUCUUUCAUUUCCCUUCAUGAUGAUAUGGAAGCUCUUAUAUAUGACGAAUCACCCCUCGCCGAGUAUUUAGAAGGCGACGCAAAUGCCUUCGACUUAGUCAACACUCCUCCCACCUCACCGUCUAAUCCUAUUUUCGCACCCAAAGGCCUGCCGAAGCUAAGAGAGAGCCUGCGCGCCAUUCGAGAAACUGCAGCAUCCGUCUCAGACGUGACCAACGAAAGAUUUCUGGAAAAAUUCCGCUACAAUGUUAUUGCCUCACAGCUCCUCUCAGACGACUCCAAACCGCGACGGCAGCAUGUCGAAGAAACCCUCGAACAUCCCUCGUUUUCUGUCAGAGGUGCCUUCCUCACCGCAUCCUUGUCCUUUGCCAUAGCAUGGCUCCUGCAUUCCCUCCGCCGCCGUUACCUCUUCCAACAAUCUUUUUCAUUCUCAGAAACAUUUAGUCAUAUCUUAGUCUUAAUAGGAGGUGGUCUGAUUCUGUUUUACCUUGGCCGGCGACAGUACCUCGAAUUUAUCAGACGAUCAGCGGCGUUUGCUCUCAGCGACUUUAUUCUCCUUUCCCUGAAUAUCGACAGUACAGCCACAGAGGCUUUACGAUUCAUCCAAGAGGUGGAAGUGGUUUCUCGAGGCUAUGACAUAAGUCAGCCUAUGCCCCCUGUCAGCCGCCUGGAAGACGCAGGGUCUCGUGGUCACUGUUCACAUUUGAGAAAAACCAUCGCCGAAACCAUUGCACUCAGCAUCAGGAGCUGUGUACAGUUUCAUGAGACCAUACAACCGCACGUCAGGGAAUCCGAUUUGCAGCGGUAUCGUGAUAUAUACGACGUCUCAAUGCAGGAUUAUCCUGAGUAUAUUGCGCUUGCUGAACACAUUCCUGCGGAUGCGCAAUACAUGUUGAAGGACCUUCGGCUCCUUUUUCGCUUGCAUUUCUCGGCAAGGAAGGUCUUCCUUUGUGAUCUGUUGGCACUACACUCAGGAUCAACCUGGCAGAACAUCAAGCAAUGGCGAGUCAUCGUCGACAGCCUACGAAGUCUCAACGCCACCUAUUCAGACAUAAGUGUCCAACUUCAGACCGCGAUGAAGAUGGAGGCGAGUACUGAUAAUUGCCAUGAGUUGCCUACACACCCCGUCAGUGAUGCGUCGGCGGAAGACGGCGUGCCUUUGUCACCUCGCAGGCUACAUACGAAGGCACAGAUGCGUCGUUUUGAUGCUGUUGCGAAUGCCGUACGCUCUCUCAAUGCCAAAGUUCGACUGAUCAAAGAUGACCUCGACUCCAUUAGCCUCAAUGACGAUGACUCGACGUAUAGCGCGGCGAUGGUGCGGCACUACGAAAACCUAGGUACGGAUCUACGCAAUGCCUUGGUAGAGUGGGAGAAAGGCCGCAACACCAUGUUCCUAAAAGUUGGCGUGGGCCAGGAAAAGAGAGUGUCAAGUGCAUCCAGCUUGCUGUCGCCUGCCUCUCCGUCUCCGAGUAGCAUUGGUGGGCAGACUAUGGUGGAUGGCAGCCCUGCCGAUGCCCUACGGCUUUUGAGCGGUGACAAGCGGAGAUCUUCCGAUGAGAGCUUAGAUGAAGAAGUGUUUGAAGCUGUUGCCUUGCCUCGAAAGCGCAUGUCAUGGGCUCCGAUGAGUCGAGAAGAAAAGCUCAACAAGAUGCAAGAGGACCGAAGGAAGCGGGCAACCAUGCUUGAGCAAGCAGAAAACACGACCAAUAUGUUGCGUGAGCUACAGAUGGUCAUCAAACACCGGCCGAACGCCCGAAUCGACACACGAAUUUCAUCGGUUUAAUACCUGAAAUUGAUGAGGAUGGGUGGCCUUUCGAGCCAUGGACACGAAUUAGUGGAUGGCGCAUCUGGGGUGUUUCAAUGAGCGACGGAGCCAACGAAUUUCUCAGUGGAAAAUAGGUAUUUCUUUUGUUUAUAACAAUUGGGGUAUAAUUGCAACAGCAUUUGUGGCGUUGAAUCACAAGCAUAUUGCAAAAAGAACUGGUGGAUAUGAUAUAUGGCGCCGUAACAAAGGAGGUGAUUCUCGAGAAGCCCGAAUUUUCAAGCAAGGCGCCCUGGAGGAAGCACGACUUCUUCUGUGUUGAAUAUAGUGUAUAAUGGGUACAGGCCCAAGACUGGCAAUAGACAUCCCGCCAAGGUACAUAGAAUGUGAUGACCAGAUAUCGAGA